GGGGUACCUCGAAGUGCCUCUAUAAAGGAUAUUAAGAAGGCCUACAGGAAACUAGCCCUGCAGCUUCAUCCUGACCAGAACCCUGAUGAUCCCCAAGCCCAGGAGAAAUUCCAGGAUCUGGGUGCUGCUUAUGAGGUUCUGUCACAUAGUGAAAAAUGGAAACAAUAUGAUACAUAUGGUGAAGAAGGAUCGAAAGAUGGUCAUCAGAGCUCCCAUGGAGACAUUUUUUCGCACAUUUUUGGAGAUUUUGGUUUCAUGUUUGGAGGAACCCCUCGCCAGCAAGACAGAAAUAUUCCAAGAGGAAGUGAUAUUAUCGUAGAUCUAGAAGUCACUUUGGAAGAAGUAUAUGCUGGAAAUUAUGUGGAAGUAGUUAGAAAUAAACCUGUGGCAAGGCAGGCUCCUGGCAAACGGAAAUGCAACUGUCGGCAAGAAAUGGGGACCACCCAGCUGGGCCCAGGUCGCUUCCAGAUGACCCAAGAGGUAGUCUGCGAUGAGUGUCCUAAUGUUAAAUUAGUGAAUGAAGAACGAACGCUGGAAGUAGAAAUAGAACCUGGAGUGAGAGAUGCCAUGGAGUACCCCUUUAUUGGAGAAGGUGAGCCUCAUGUGGAUGGUGAGCCUGGAGACUUACGCUUCCGAAUCAAAGUUGUCAAGCACCGGAUAUUUGAAAGGAGAGGAGAUGAUUUGUACACCAAUGUGACAAUCUCACUAGUUGAGUCUCUAGUCGGCUUUGAGAUGGAUAUUACUCACUUGGAUGGUCACAAGGUACAUAUUUCCCGGGAUAAGAUCACCAGGCCAGGAGCCAAGCUAUGGAAAAAGGGGGAAGGGCUCCCUAACUUUGACAACAACAGUAUCAAGGGCUCUUUAAUAAUCACAUUUGAUGUGGAUUUUCCAAAACAAUUAACAGAGGAAGCAAGAGAAGGUAUCAAACAGCUACUGAAACAAGGAUCAGUGCAGAAAGGAUACAAUGGACUGCAAGGAUAUUAAGAGUGAAUAAAAUUGGACUUUGUUGAA